AGCACGUCAAAUGACCGCUGGAAUCAGCUGUUGAACACUUGUUUUGUUCUGAGAUGUUCUGUUUUUGUAAAUGUAAUGUUAUAAACAGAUGAAUAAAUACAAAUUUUUGGGAGAAAUAGCAGAUUUACAAUGAAAAGCAACUUUGUUCCAAGAGUGAAUCAACUUGAUUCAAUCCAACUUGAUAAUGAGAUCAUCAAUAUUCUCAAGAACCAAAUACAACAUGUUUUACGGAAUCUACCGCCCGGUAUUGUCAGUCGAUUUCAACCGGAAACUAACUUUCUGCUGAGUUCCGUACUGUGGAGCACUUCUAUUUGGAAAUCUGGCGCUACGUUCGGGCAGCAAAUGCUUUCGAUUACUUACGGCGAGGAACAACUCAAUUCGACAAAGUUGAAGGCCCACUACUUCCUAACAGUAGCCCUGGAUUACAUGAAAGAAUUGGCUCAGUUUCGGUUCACCAACGUUACAUUUGUUCAGCAGCUAACGACAGUGGUUGAGAAUUGCCUUACUUGUUUGAAGUUCAUCAACUUUUUCAGAUUCCUCCAGUCUGGACGGAAACCUUCGCUGGUAGAUUACAUCCUUCGGAUUGAUCAUCGGUCGAUCGACGGAGCGAAACGGAGAUCUAUUGGGUAUUCCUAUAUGACUCGGGAGCUAAUAUGGGCAGGCUUCAUGGAGUUGCUGAGUUUUACGAUUCCAAUCAUUAAUUAUCGUGCAUUGAAACGGAAGAUGCGAAGCAUUCUAAAGCUGGAGAAUCAGUCCCAACUGAGUAGGAAGGUUGAGUUGAACGUGAACAGUAAGUGUGUUUAUUGCAAUGAACGGGUAACGUUGCCACACCAUAUGGGAUGCGGGCAUGUGUUCUGUUACUAUUGUUUGAAGGGCAAUUUGUUGGCAGAUUCUGGCUUCCAGUGCAAUGUGUGUGACUUCAAAAGUGGAAUUUUUGAAAAAGUAGUCAUAGCUGGCUAAGAAGAUUGAUACUAUACUUCACAAGCAAGUUAUGCAAUGUAACAGGGCUCGGAGAUGGGAGAAAAAAUGUUGAUGUAUGAAUAUGAUGCUCUACAUUCUUGCUGACCCGAAAUUCCAAAAUCAAUCAGAUUUGACCGAUGAAACCGAAGCAUUUAUUUGAGUGUUUACUCUGUAAUUAUAAAUUGUUCUCAUGGGCAUACUUUGCGCCUGAACACA